AUAAUAAAAAAAAGUCUUCGUCUUUAGUUUCAGAAAUGAAUAAACAAACACACGGAUGUAUGCUGCUUUUCUCUGAACCAAUUUUCUAUCAGAAUAAAAAAUCAUUGAAUGGAAAUGAAAAAGGAAUAUUAAAUUUGGUUUCACUCACUGCUUAAUUACUUUAUUUGACUUCAACCUUGUAUAUCUUUUUCUUGUUAUUUAAAACUUUUAUUUUGGAUCAUUUUGGUCCGGCGGCUUCAUUGCAAAUUCUUGUCGCAUUUUCCUGGAAAAUCUCCAGGCAAAUUCUGUGCACCUUCCUAUUUAAGCGGACGUUUACUGUCUGUACAGUGCAGGGAUAAGGAGCAGAUAAUAUAAAGGAAAAUUAACUUCCAAAUUGCCAUGCUUAGUGACUGUUGAACUGUCAUCAGAGUUUUGUCCUUAGUUCUCAAUGGGGGAGAAUUAUGAAUAAGGCUUUUUAUGGAGUAAAACUGGAGGGAUCAUGCUGCUGUGAACUCUGAUCUAGAUCAAAGUGUCCAUUUAGUCUCCUUGCAGCUGUGCUUUUAUUGAAUGGACGUAGGCAGUUUUACUUUCUAGCUAGCGACAAGAUGGUAUUAGAUGUGCUUGCUGGUGCCUCAUCUGUUCCGGCUGCAGAAUUCCUUUCCCAGGUUGUAGAGGGCAUGAUUGAGAUCACAUAUGCUGCCAACAACGUUCUCAUUAAGAAAGAGAAUUUUAAGGAACUUACCAUUUACAUGGACAGGAUUAUUCCCAUCUUAAAAGAGUUAAAUAAGAAAGAUAUGGGCCAUUCUGAGGGUUUAAGCAAAGCAAUUGAGAUUCUCAAUCGAGAGGUUAAAGCUGCAAAGCAGCUGACUGUCGACUGCACCAAAAGAAAUAAAGUAUAUCUAUUGAUGAAUUGCCGGACUAUCGCUAAGAACUUAGAGGAUAUCACGAGGGAAAUGAGCCGUGCCCUAGAUAUUCUUCCUCUAGCUUCUCUUGGUCUUUCAUCUGGUAUAAUAGAAGAGGUUGUGAAACUUUCUGAUAGUAUGCAAAGAGCUGAAUUCAGGGCAGCUAAAACAGAGGAAGAGAUAUUGGAGAAAAUUGAGACGGCAAUACAGGAGAGGAAUGUUGACCGUAGUUAUGCCAAUAACCUGGUGGCUAGCAUAGCUGAGGCUGUUGGUAUUUCAACUGAUAGAGCCACAAUAAAGAAAGAAGUCGAAGAAUUCAAGAGUGAGAUAGAGAAUACCCAGCUGAGAAAGAACCAAGCUGAAGCUAUACAAAUGGCUCAAAUAAUUGCUUUGCUAGAAAGAGCAGAUGCUGCUUCCUCUCCAAAGGAGAAGGAGAUGAAGCAUUUCACUAAAAGGAAGUGUUUGGGUAGUCAACUACUGGAACCCCUCCGGUCAUUUUAUUGCCCGAUCACUCAGGAUGUGAUGGUGAAUCCUGUGGAGACCUCUUCAGGACAAACAUUUGAGAGAAGUGCAAUAGAAAAAUGGCUUGCAGAUGGGAACAACAUAUGUCCUCUGACCAUGACACCGAUAGACACUUCAGUUUUGCGGCCUAAUAGAACUUUGAGGCAAUCAAUAGAAGAAUGGAAGGAUAGGAACACGAUGAUCACAAUUACUUCUUUAAAAUCAAAACUUAUGUCUGAAGAGGAGGAAGAAGUGCUUCAGUGCCUGGGACAAUUAGAGGAUCUGUGUGAACAAAGAGACCAGCAUCGGGAAUGGGUUCUGUUGGAGAACUAUAUACCAAUUCUAAUUCAACUUCUCGGUGCAAGAAAUCGUGAUAUAAGGAAUCAUGCUCUGGUCAUCCUCUGCAUUCUGGCGAAAGAUAGUGAUGAUGCCAAGGAAAGAAUUGCAAAGGUUGACAAUGCAAUUGAAUCUAUAGUUAAAUCUCUUGGGCGUCGAAUUGGGGAAAGGAAGUUAGCAGUGGUAUUACUGAUAGAAUUAUCAAAAUGUACUCUGGUAAAGGAUUGUAUAGGAAAGGUUCAAGGUUGCAUCCUCCUCCUGGUGACUAUGUCAAGCAGUGAUGACAGCCAAGCUGCCAAAGAUGCUCAAGAGCUGUUGGAGAACCUCUCAUACUCAGAUAAGAACAUCAUACUAAUGGCAAAGGCCAACUAUUUUAAACAUUUGCUGCAGCGUCUAUGUACAGGACCGGAUGAUGUGAAAAUGGCCAUGGCGACGACUUUGGCAGAUAUGGAGUUAACUGACCACAAUAAAGCUUCUUUAUUUGAAGGAGGCGUGCUGGGUCCACUACUUCAGUUGGUCUCAGAUGGUGAUGAUGGGAUGAAAAUGGUGGCCAUCAAGGCUGUUCGAAACAUCUCAAGUUUACCAGCAAAUGGCCUGCAGAUGAUUAGAGAAGGUGCAGCCCGCCCACUUCUUGACCUUCUUUUCCGGCACAUCACGCCGUCUUCAGGUUUGCGUGAACAGGUCUCUGCCACAAUCAUGCAUCUGGCUGAAUCAACAGUAUCUCAAGGAUCCAGUCGAGCACCAAUUUCGUUGUUAGAGUCUGAUAAAGAUACUUUGACGCUCUUCUCUUUGAUAAACUUCACUGGCCCUGAUGUGCAACAAAACAUUCUCCGCAUCUUUUAUGCACUGUGCCAAUCGCCCUCAGCUUCAAAUAUUAAGACCAGACUGAAUGAGUAUCGAGCUAUGCAAGUAUUGGUUCAGUUAUGUGAGCAUGAGAAUCUAAAUGUACGACCAAAUGCUAUAAAGCUGCUCUGUUGCUUGGUAGAAGAUGGUGAUGAAGCCGCGAUCCUGGAGCAUGUGGAUCACAAAUGCCUUACCACCUUGCUCAGGAUCAUCCAAUCUUCUAAUGACGUGGAAGAGAUUGCUUCAGCAAUGGGCAUUAUUGCUAAUUUCCCAGAAAAUCCCCAGAUCACUCAGUUGCUUCUUGAUGCAGGUGCACUUCAAAAGAUUGUCAAGUUUCUCCCGAACAGCAUGCAAUAUGACCCCCAUAAGAAUCAGUUAGUUGAAAAUGCUGUUGGAGCCUUAUGCCGUUUCACUGUUCCAGCAAAGUUGGAAUGGCAAAAGAGAGCAGCAGAAGCUGGGAUUAUACCUUUGCUAGUACAGCUGCUAGAUGUUGGGACUGCCUUGACUAGGAAGUAUGCGGCAAUUUCUCUUACUCAUUUUUCAGAGAGUUCACCGAGGCUGAGUCGGGCAAUAUCUAAACAUAAGGGGUUUUGGUGUAUCUCUGCUCCACAAGAAACUGGCUGCAUGGUUCAUGGGGGACUCUGUGAUGUUCAGUCAUCAUUUUGCCUUGUGGAGGCUGAUGCAAUAGUACCCCUUGUGAGAGUUCUUGAAGAUCCUGAUUCUGGAGUCCGUGAGGCUUCUUUAGAUGCACUACUAACCUUAAUUGAAGCUGAAAGGCUUCAAAGUGGUAGCAAGUUGCUUUCAGAAGCAAAUGCAAUCCCAUCGAUUAUAAAACUUCUUUGUUCUUCCUCUCCAACAUUGCAGGAGAAGGCUCUAAAUGCUUUAGAAAGGAUAUUUCGACUACCAGAGUUCAAACAGAAGUAUGGCCCCUCUGCUCAAAUGCCUUUAGUUGAUUUAACGCAGAGGGGGAACGGCAGCAUGAAGUCUCUAUCAGCCAGAAUACUCGCUCACCUGAAUCUCCUUCAUGAUCAAUCCUCUUACUUCUAGACAAUCUUAACGGCCUGGUUUUGACGCAUUUGGUCAAUGAUGGACAAGCCGAAGAUAAGUAUGGGUUCAGGCACACAAUUGUAUGGAUUUAAUCUUGUGCUGGCAGUUUCAUAAUUAGGCACAUUUCUCAUCUCAAUGCUCUUGCAUCAAAAGGUGCAAUCUGACUCUUAUGAUUAGGCAUGCGACUGACCCUUCAGAACAUAGGGCGAAGCUGCAGUAGAAGAGCAUGCUCCUGUUCUGCUAGAAACAGCUUAGCUAUUGAGCCCUCAGAUUCGAAGCAUAUCUAUGUUAUGUUCUGUUGUUGUUGUAGAGGUGGUUCAUAUUUUUCAAUGCCACAGAAAUUGUUCUGUAUAGUUCUCUUCCGCUACACAUUUGCGAGUCACCAUUCUCAGACUAGUUAGCCACACUCUUCAUUUUAAAAAAGUAGAUGUUUGAAUUGAGUUCUUUAGUCGUACUUUUAGGGACAAUCAUAAAAAGAAUGUAUGUGGUUUAGCAAUUUUUUAAUUUUAAAUACGUGAUUUUUCAACAAA